AAACAAUUCUCAACGAAUCUCAGUGAUUGUGAGUUUCUUCUGCUACCUUCUUCUUCUUUCUCCCUUUCUCGAUUUCAGAAUUGUAGAUUUUCCAGAAAUUCUUCCGCAGAGUUCUUCAGGCGCUUUUGAUUUUACCUCUAAUUCCGGUUCAGAGGCAGAAAAAUCGAGCAUUUACUGAAUUUCACUGGAAAUAGUCUCAUCACCACCUAACAAUCCAGAGCUUUCUAGGGUUUAUCUCUUUUUCCUCGGUGUGUGGCUGUGUUUUUUUUUUCUUGUUUGGUUGGCUUGAGAUAAUGAUUGUGUUUCUAUUUCAGGGUCGGUGACAUUUUCUUGAUUUUUGUAAAGAGAUGGACAGAAUCAUUGGGUUACCUGAUGAAGUACUGGUUAAGAUACUGUCGUUUGUUCCGACUAAAGUUGCUGUGUCAACGAGCAUUUUGUCGAAACGAUGGGAGUUUCUUUGGAUGUGGUUGACGAAACUUAAGUUUGGUAGUAAACGUUAUUCAGAGUCUGAAUUCAAGAGGUUACAGUGUUUUCUUGAUAGGAAUCUGCCAUUACAUAGAGCUCCCGUUAUAGAAAGUUUCCGUCUUGUGUUAAGUGAUUCGCAUUUUAAACCUGAGGAUAUCAGAAUGUGGGUUGUAGUAGCAGUUUCUCGCUACAUACGUGAGCUGAAGAUUUAUAGUUCUCACUAUGGGGAGAAGCAAAACAUAUUGCCAAGUAGCUUAUAUACCUGCAAAUCGCUCGUGAUCUUGAAACUCGAUGGCGGGGUUCUCUUGGAUGUUCCUCGAAUGGUUUGUCUUCCCUCUUUAAAAACUUUGGAACUGAAAGGUGUGAGAUACUUCAAGCAAGGAUCUCUUCAGCGGCUUCUAUGUAAUUGCCCUGUUCUUGAAGAUCUAUUCGUGUUGUUACUUCGUUGUGACGACAUAGGAAUGUUUAUUGUUAUUGUCCCAUCUUUGCAACGUUUGUCACUCUAUUUAAGUCCUCGUUGUAAUUUAGAAGGGUUUGUCAUAGUCUUAGAUACUCCUUUAGAAUAUUUCAAACUUGUGGAUCGUAAUUAUGAUCGUCACCCAUAUAUGAUUGAGAAUAUGCCUAAGCUGACGUCAGCAUAUGUUGAGGUUAUAUCCGCUGAUCUUAAGAGUCUUGUCGAAUCAAUCACUUCUGUCAAGUACCUAACAAUAUUCUCAGAGGUAAUCUGUCUCAAUCUAUCAACUGCAAGACUUUGAUCUCGCGCGCUUUUUGUUAGUACUUUCUUUAUUCGUCUGCAUGCUAUGUUUGGUGACGCUACAUGUAUGGGAUGACAAUCUCCUUGCUCGGUUGCUCAAAGACUCUCCUAAGUUACAAGAACUAGUGUACGUCUCUGACAAAGAUAAUUAUGACGAUUUUGUGUUUCCCUGGAAUCAACCUAGUACUGUUCCUAAAUGCUUUUGUCCAGUCUACAAAAGUUCACCAGUCUACAAAAGUUCACCUGGACAAAAUACUUAGGAAGACCACAAGACAGAGAUAUUGCGGUUUACAUCUUGAAAAACGAUUGUCGCUUAAGGACUGCAACAAUCAUAUGUGAUACAUGUUUGGUUCCAGAUCAAUAUGAAAUUCAGAUAUAUGUAUGUUCUCAGAUGAUUUAGUGAGAUCUAUCUAAAGGAAUCUUCUUGAUGUUGUACCCAGUAUGUGAAAAUCACUUACUACCUCAGAACCU